AUGGAGAUCCGACCAGACAGGUUUAAAGCGGUCGCUGGCAAAACUCUGGGGAAAAUUAACAGGCUGAUUGAGAAGCGGCAGCCCAAUGGAGAAACCAUUGAAUUAUCAGCGGAGGGCCGUCCUGAGCUGGUGGAGGAGAAGGAGCUGCCGGUGGUGGACUGUACCUGCUUUGGCUUGCCAAGGCGGUACAUCAUCGCAAUGCUGUCUGGCCUGGGAUUCUGCAUCUCUUUUGGAAUCCGGUGCAACCUGGGUGUGGCCAUUGUAAGCAUGGUGAAUGACCACACUGUCUACAAAGGCAACAAAGAAGUACUCGUGGCUGCACAGUUCACCUGGGACCCUGAAACGGUGGGAAUGAUCCACGGCUCCUUCUUCUGGGGCUACAUCGUCACACAGAUCCCGGGUGGCUUUAUAUGUCAAAAAUUUGCAGCCAACAGAGUGUUUGGCUUUGCCAUAGUGGCCACAUCCUGCCUCAACAUGCUGAUUCCAUCCGCUGCUCGCUGCCAUUACAGCUGCGUUAUACUGGUUAGGAUAUGCCAGGGCCUUGUUGAGGGUGUAUCAUACCCAGCCUGCCACGGGAUCUGGGCAAAGUGGGCUCCUCCUCUUGAGAGAAGUCGAUUAGCCACAACAGCCUUUUGUGGAUCCUAUGCAGGGGCGGUAGUGGCAAUGCCUUUAGCUGGGAUACUGGUGCAAUACACUGGGUGGUCUUCAGUAUUCUAUGUCUAUGGCAGCUUUGGGAUAUUCUGGUAUUUGUUCUGGGUUCUGGUGUCGUAUGAGAGUCCCGCAUCCCAUCCCACCAUCACACCGGAGGAGAGGAAGUACAUUGAGGAUGCCAUCGGAGAGUCUGCCUCGUUUCUUGAUCCUCUGCAUAAAUUUAAAACCCCGUGGAGACACUUCUUCACCUCCAUGCCAGUCUACGCCAUCAUUGUGGCCAACUUCUGCAGGAGCUGGACGUUCUACCUGCUGCUCAUCAGCCAGCCGGCCUACUUUGAAGAAGUCUUUGGCUUUGAGAUCAGCAAGGUGGGAAUGGUGUCAGCUUUGCCCCAUCUGGUGAUGACAAUCAUCGUGCCUAUUGGAGGCCAGUUGGCAGACUACCUGAGAACUCACAACCUGAUGUCCACCACCAACGUCAGGAAGCUCAUGAACUGUGGAGGUUUUGGGAUGGAGGCCACCCUCCUGCUGGUGGUGGGAUUCUCUCACUCAAAAGGUGUUGCCAUUUCCUUUUUGGUCCUCGCUGUGGGCUUCAGUGGAUUUGCUAUCUCAGGGUUUAAUGUCAAUCACUUGGAUAUUGCCCCUCGAUACGCCAGCAUACUGAUGGGCAUCUCAAACGGCGUGGGAACGUUAUCUGGAAUGGUGUGUCCUCUUAUAGUGGGAGCAAUGACCAAACACAAGACCCGUGAUGAGUGGAAGUACGUCUUCCUCAUAGCUGCCCUCGUACAUUAUGGAGGAGUGAUUUUCUACGGACUCUUUGCAUCAGGGGAGAAGCAGCCAUGGGCAGACAUAGAAGACACCAGUGAGGAGAAGUGCGGUAUUAUCGACGAAGAUGAACUGGCCAAUGAAACAGAGGACCUCUACCGUGGAGGCGGGCAGUACGGGGCCAUGAGCCAACCAGUUGUUGGUUCCAACGGAGGACGGACCGGAGGAGGAGGAGGAGGAGGAGGAGGAGGAGGAGGAGGAGGAGGAGGAGGAGGAGGCGGGCCUGGAUGGGUGUCGGAUUGGGAUAAGUCUGAGGAGUAUGUGCAGCCACCUGGAUACAACUCUUACAUGUAUGGGGGAGAAGAGGAGAGGGAGCUGACAUAG